UGAUGAAAAGAUGAACGGGAUCAGCCGGAACGCUUUUUAGGGCAACUUCUAGAUUGAACACCGAUGCGGACCAGUAAGUGGAAUGGCAUUAUGGGAAAUGAAGUUUUUACAGAGGAAGCCGCGCUUCUCUGCAGCUGUUUUCUGCAGCUCUAGUACUACACUUCCCGACUAGCUCGGUAGUGUCACAUUCAAAGUGCUGUUAUGGCGUGAGACGAGGAAAGUUUGCUGGAUUCACGGCGUGUUUGCGAGAGUGUUUUUUAUUUGAGAAGCUUUCGCCUCUGAACGGCCGUCACAAUGCGAGUGUGUGCGCUGUGCUCUCUCUGUGUGAGCCGGGCGGGUCUCGGCUCUGGACUUUUCUCUCUCCGCCGCUCGUUUUCCUCGCUGCCGGCUCUGUGCGGGCGCAAGAAGAGCAGCGAGUACAGCUCCGUGGACUCGGAGCAUUACUCCUCACUGGUCAGGGCCGUGGUGUCCACAAGAACCAGCUCACAGACUCCGGAGAGCAUUGAAAGCGAAGACGCCCGGCUCUUCGGGGCUGUUGUGAGGUCUAAACCAAAACAGGCGCCCAAAACGCUUAAAAAUCCGUCUCCACUGUUGAACGAAGCCAAGAGCAGCGUCCGGUCAGAGUACGAAGCUGAAGCGAUGACCCGAAUAGCGCUGCGGAGAAAUCCAGACCAGCCCACGCUGCCCAGCGUGACCAAGAUACUGCAGAAGACCAUGUCUGCCACCCAGCUGUUCUACCUGGAGAGGUGGAAGAGAAGGAAGAUUGCUGAGCUGGGAGAGGAAGGCUUCAAAGAGUACCGCCUGAAUCUGUUUAAACAUGGUGAACUCUUCCAUGCUGCUAUCGAAGCUGCUUUAACUCAAGAAACCUCCCCAGAAGAAGAUGUGGAGUGUCCAGAGGACGUGGCUGGGUAUUUGCAAAGCAUCGGUCAUGUGCUGGAGGAUGUCACAGGGGUCAGAGCCAUUGAGAGUGUUGUGGAACAUGAGUCACUGAAAUACUUGGGCAUUAUGGAUUGUGUCGCCAUGUACAGGGGUUCACUGUGUGUUAUAGACUGGAAGACAUCAGAGAAGCCUAAACCUUUCAUUCAUAACACGUACGACAAUCCCUUGCAAGUGGCUGCCUACAUAGGGGCCUUAAACAGUGACAACAACUACAACUAUCAGGUAGAAAAUGGAUUGAUUGUGGUUGCCUACAAAGAUGGCUCCCCAGCCCAUUCUCACUGUCUGAAUGCAGAGCAGGUGACGCAGUACUGGGAGAAAUGGCUCUUCCGACUAGAGGAGUAUAAAGAGAAGGACGCCUAACCCAAAUGUUGCAGACCUUUAAUGUGGUACUGUAGCUUCCAGGUUCAAUGGAGGUUUUAAGAGAAAUUUUACAUUUGUUAGGUUUAAGAAAAAAGGCGUGAGAUUAGUAGUGGGCUCCAUAUGGGUUAAAGUUCGGUGGAGUUUGGUCUCAACGGUUACACGUGACACAAAUAAGCGCAGAUAAUGUGGUGCACAAACAGUGCAAAACAUGGUAAAGAUAGCAUGUUCUACCAGACAGCAGAGCAGAGAUGUGUUUGUCAUGAAAAUACAGCACAUCCUCAGUCACCUCCUGCUGUGUAGUCCUACUGUGGAGUCCACUUUUUUUCCCCGAGGCAGCGAACAUAAAGAAAUGUCCGGUUUUGGGGGAUUAUCCUUGGCCCAAGGUGGACACCUGAGCACUUCUGUUAAGUUUUGUAUCGCCAAAAAGGAGCCACCUGAUGCGAUCAGCUGCUUCUGGCUAUGUUCUUAGGGUUUGCGUGUGCAAGCCGUGGACCAGCUGUACUGAUGGUGUGAAUCACUGUAAUGUUUUCCAAAUUCCUGCAGUGUCUGAUGUUUCACAGGCACGAUUAUAACAAGAGUAGUAAGAAAUUUGAUGGUGCUGAAGUUGGCUUCUUAUUUGAAUUUUCUAUUCUGUACCAUUGUCAGAAUGUGCUGCUCUGUUUAAGCUGAAACGAAAAUUCAAACAAAAACAAGCUGUGCAAUAAGAGUCCAAUUUCAGCCUUGUAGAAAUGAAGAUAUGAAACAACAUUUAGCACUGCUUUUGUCUGGCCCAUUGAGUUGAAUGGAAAAUUGAAUUGAAAAAUGUAUAUGUUGUGAUUAUAUACCAAAACCGAAAUUCUAAUUAUGUGAUUUUUGGGAUACCACCCCUGCUACAUCAGUAUAAAGCAGUGUUUAUAUUAUUCCUAUUUACCUGCUUUUUUGUUGUAUAAGUGAGAAAUCACUACUUGACUACUUAAUCCUCCAUUGUACAAGUUCAGCUAUUCCAGUAAGUUAACAAAGGCCACUGUAUGAGGUGUUAAAGGGGAAUUCCACAGAUUUAUCAAAUUUCUGUGUAAUUCAUUUCUUGAUGUAUACAAAGUGUUUGGAUGUUAAUAAUUAACUGUAAAGUAAGAAAAAAGAUUUCUUUAGACGUGUGGUGGUAGGAACCAGGCGUUGUGAUGUCUCCAACACAAAUGUAGCCAUUUUGACAAUCAGAAGUGACCAGUGGACCUACAUGUUUCUUCCAGGUUAAUAUAUGUAUUGCUAAUAAUGGUAAAACAGCAAAUUAGAAAAAUGGGGUAUUAUUCGUCCUUACAAUGCCCUGCAUAUACCUCUCCGCCAUGAAUGGAUAUUGAAGGCUGCAUUUAAGGACAGUCCUUUUCAAAACUAUCACAAAAGUGUCUCAGGCAAUAUGUAGUGUUUUCAUAACUAUAUGUUUGAAAUUAAAUGCUUUGGAUGUCUGGUUCCUGUUAUGACCACUGUGAACAGGCACAUUUUCAUAUUGAACUGCUCUGAGUGAUUUUGUAGGACCUAGAUAUUUUGAAGAAAUCCGUGAAAUUCACCUUUAACACAUGAUUGUUGUCCUUUCUCCAAACCCUGAUAUCCACAUUUAAACGGACUGUACCACUGGGGUGUUUGAACUAGAUUUUUUUUUACUUCUGCCUACACUGUGUGUAGUUCUGGCAGGUAUGUGCUGUUUUGUUUAGAUUUGUUCUAAAGAAUAAAGUGCCAUUGUUUUGGUGACAGUAAAUGC